AAUCCGCAAAUAAGGAAGCGCGUGCGUGAAAGGAGUGGGUGACCACUUUGCUUCGUCUUAAACGUUAGGUUGCGGAAAUACCAAAAGUAGCCCUGGUUGGGUCGAAGAAUCUCAUGCCCCUACCACCCAAUCACAAGCGUACCAAUCCUCGUGAACACACACACCCACCCACCUCCUCUUCAUCUCGGUCUCCAUCUGGAUCUAGGCACUUGGUCCUUACCUCAUCGGAGCUGAACCACUCAGAUCUGUUUUCCCUCGAAUUGUCCCGGUGGAGAUGACAUCGGAUCACCGCGACGCUGUUUUCUCUCUUGAGUCCCCCGAUCUGGAGGAAGGAGGUGUAGGAGAAUCUGAUACUGAUGAGGAUCUGCGUGAUAACGACGACGUGGUUUUGCCGGAAUCGAACGAUGUAGAAGCUGAAGCCGAAGCCGAAGCCGAAGACGACGAUCCUGAAGAGGAGGAUCUGAAUUCUCCGUCUACGUCAUCACUCGCCAUGGUUUCUACGAUCUCGACUACUGCGGUUGUUUCCGGGACCCCUACGACGGCUUCAUCUACAGGCGCCGUGACGGUUGCUCUUCCGGCUGGAUCGGCCGUACCUGUCUCCGUAAUUCCCGUUGAUUCCGAUCCGAAAUGGCACCGUAUGACGGAGAUCGUCCAUCAGAGACCCCCGAUCGAUGAUUCUAGACGCCUUUUCCAGAGGCUGUGGACUGAUGAAGACGAGAUCGAGCUUCUCCGUGGUUUCCUCGAUUACAUGACGACGCACAGAGGCAGCAGCUCGCAUCCGCCUGACACGGCGCCGUUCUACGAGCAGAUAAAGUCGAAACUUCAGCUUGAUUUCAACAAGAACCAGCUGGUUGAGAAGCUUCGGCGGUUGAAGAAGAAGUACAGGAAUGUGAUGAGCAAGAUCAGCUCUGGUAAAGAGGUAUUCUUCAAGAGCCCUCAUGAUCAGUCUACUUUCGAGAUUUCUAGGAAAAUUUGGAACCAAACCGGGAAAAUCAUUGGGUUUGAAGACAACAACGUCAUGGAUUUUGAAGAAACCAAUAACCACCAUAACACCAACGGUAACUACUCCACCUUUAACAGCCCUGUUUCUAAUCCGGAGCUCGAUUCUGAAAACGGAAUCGAGAAGAAAUUGACCAUGAGUAGUAGUAGCGGAUCCAGGAAACGAUCGCGAUCGAGAAUUGGGAAGAUUGAGGAAGACAACAAACCCACCCUCGCUCCUUGUGAUGGGCAUAUACCAAAUGCAGCUAGCAAUGUUAACCUCAACGAAACAGCAGCUGCCAUUAGUAUUGGAGGAAAUCUCGGGGGUUUGAUCGAAGAGACUGUGAAAAACUGUGUCUCUCCUGUGAUCAAGGAGUUGAUGAAUGGGACGACAAGUAUGAUGAUGGCUGCAAUGGGAGGAGGGUUUCCGGGUAGUGGUGGUGGUGCUCACGGCUUUGGCUCGUUAAGCCCCCUGUUUACAAGGCCGCUGAAUUUUGGUUUUGGUGUAGAAGGGGGAGGAAACAAGGCAGUGGCGGAGGAGCGGUGGAGGAAACAACAGAUCCUUGAGCUGGAAGUGUAUUCAAGGAGAUUAGAGUUGGUUCAGGAGCAGAUUAGAACGACUUUGAACGAGUUAAAGACGAUGCCGAGUGGUGUAUGAUGACGAAGAAGAGCAAGAAGAAUAAGACAACAAAAUAACCACUGGGUUGAUGUUUGAUAUAUCUGAGUUAACCUUCUGGUGUGUGGGUGAGUAUAGUACGAGAUUUGAAUCUUUUUGUUUUUUUUCAAGUUAUAAAUUGUUAAGGUAUUAUUGUGAUCUUUCUCUAGGUUUUUUUUCAUCAGUCUUUUAAUUAUUUGUCAAUAGGGAUGAAUCAUAGGGGAGAGGGGGUUUGUGUAUAACCUUUGUAUUAGAUUAUAGUUUUUCUUUUUUCUCGUAGAAUCAUUUGUUCAAUAACAAACAGACUUCUAAAUCUAUUUUUCUUUCCAAAGAAAAAGUAAUAAUUUUAAAAUUUGCGUACUA